GCACUGGGCACUGUCUUGAGGCUGCUCAAGGGAGAAAAUAUACUCUUGUUUUUCUAGAGGCCCACAAAUGGUUUCAUCGUGUGAUUUCCCAUUUCCAGUUCCUGUGUCAAGUCCUCUGCAGCCUCUCUUUCUAGUAGGAAGCUCAUUAUAGAGAGGGUCCCAUUUUCUAGGCCAAUCGGCCAGUUAGUUUCCAAUUGAUGGCCGGUGCCCCUGAUUUGAAACUUCAGUAGAGCAACUGAAAUUUUUUUCAAGUAAAAUAUUGAUAUAAUUCACCACAAAUCAAAAUUAGGCUCUCAUCAAAAGCAACUGAAAUUUUUUCAGUGUCAUUUUAGAAUGUGCACGAAAUGCAGGAAACGUUGAGCAAUUUGCUGCUGUUGUUGAUGGCCGUUUAGAUGAAAAGUGUUUUGUUUAGGAAACUGUGGUUUGAACAGAGAACUGUGAUGAUUUUGUACGUUUCCCUCCUCACCAAUAGUGUACUUCUUAUUUAUUACAGGGUUUCUUCAAGCAAGAAUUAACUUUCAUUAGCAAAUUCAUUGACACUGUUCCAAAUAAACCACUUUUCUCUUAUUAUUCCAAGAGAAGACGGCAGAGUCACAAAUUUAAGAUGAUGGAGUAGUGUUUCAUUACAGAAUGCUGAUCCAGGUGUGCCUGUAUUUUUACUGCACGUUUUUGUGGCGCUGCCUGAAAUUUGUCAUGAGGAAGCUGACCGGGAGAUGUGAGCUGCAGCGGAUCUGUUACAGCACCAAGCCCGGAGCUUCUAGAACCAUGAAGAUCGAAACAUCAUUGAGGGGUUCAAAAAGUAAGCUGUUGCAGACUUCAGUGAGUGUUCACCCUGAUGCUAUUGAAAAAACUAUAGAAGACAUCAUGGAACUGAAAAAAAUUAACCCUGACGUAAAUCCACAGUUGGGAAUCUCUCUUCAGGCUUGCCUUCUGCAGAUCGUGGGGUACAGAAACCUUAUUGCAGAUGUGGAAAAACUGCGCAGAGAGCCCUAUGAUUCUGACAACCCCCAACACGAGGAAAUGCUUCUGAAGUUAUGGAAAUUCUUGAAGCCCGAUACUCCACUGGCAUCUCGGAUUUCUAAGCAAUGGUGUGAAAUUGGUUUCCAAGGUGAUGAUCCUAAGACGGAUUUUCGAGGAAUGGGACUUCUGGGACUGUACAAUCUGCAGUAUUUUGCAGAAAGGGACACUACAGCAGCUCAGCAGGUCCUCUCUGACUCUCUUCAUCCAAAAUGCAGCAAAUUCAGCAAAGCAGAAUGGGAGCAGAAAAGGAAGGACAAGGCAAUUGGGUACUCCUUUGCAAUCGUGGGUAUCAACAUAACUGACCUGGCAUAUAACCUCCUGGUGAGUGGAGCUCUAAAAACCCACUUCUAUAACAUCGCCCCCGAAGCACCAACGUUGUCUCACUUCCAGCAAACAUUCUGCUAUCUGAUGCAUGAGUUUCAUAAGUUUUGGAUUGAGGAGGACCCCAUGGACAUAAUGGAGUUCAACCGCGUGAGGGAGAAGUUCCGCAAGAGGAUUGUAAAACAGCUGCAGAACCCAGACAUGGCGCUGUGCCCGCACUUCGCCGCCUCGGAAGGGCUAAUCAACAUAUAGCCGCCCACCCUGACGGUCACGGGUCCCCGGGAACACUGCCUCAUUGUCGUGUUAGAUCUCUGCUUUGUCCCAGCUCGCCCACUGAAUGCACACAGUGAUCGUAUGCAUGCGUUUGGUACAGUAUCUUCAUCUCUUGGUCGUAAUUACCAGAUCCCCAGAUACCACUGUCCCUGGAGUAUCUGCCAUCCAGUGACUGCUCAUAUUGUGGCACUAUGCGGCGUCACAUCCGCCUUGACACCGGGUAUGGAGAGAGUUUUCUAUUUUUUUAGAUUGUUUUCCUCCCUCUCAUAGUUCAGCAUUGAAGACCUGUAUUUCUCUCGCUGUGUUUUGUACGUAAGAGAGUCGGCUGAAUCUUGUUCUUCGGAAGCCUUUUAAUUUAUUGAUAUGUUUCAUGAUUACUGCUGCUAGCUUUUCAAGCCAGGUUCAUGCUUGGGGCUCAUUCCUAUAAAGUAUAAGACUUUAAAAUAAUACAGACAGACACAUGAUAAGCCAAACCAUUCCUGCAAACGUAGCUGCGCUUCACAGAAAUGUAACGCGAGGCUUACAAGAAGCAAAUUUAGAUAGGUGGUGUUUUUGUUCGAAGUACCCCACAAUUAUAUUGUAACUUACCCCCAAGUCUGUCAUAAUCAUUUGGAUAUCCAAUUAUUUUAUCCCCAUAAUGUCACAGGCUUAGAGGCCUAAAUAUGCGUAUGAAGCCUAGAGCCUCAGAGAAGUAUGCGUACGUACUUCAAAAGCUGCAAAAGGUUUUUCACUGCCUGCCUCUUGCCGAACUCAGAGUGACACCUGGGCACGGUUCUGAUCCCAGCAUCUUUGUUCGAGGAACUGAGCGCGGACUGGCUCGUUUUCUCUGUCAAGAGGCAAUAUUUAAAAACAAUUUGCAAGAAAAUGUGUUGCAGGGGAGGAACCUAAGCUACGUCAUUCUGCAGUAUUUCUUGAAAAUAAUAACCUUGUCUUGUAUCAAUAGAAGUAAAUCGCUUGGAAGGGGGAAAAGGUUAAAUCAUUCCAAAACUGCUCAAAACCAUUCUCAAAGCCAUGGUUUCGUUUGGAAUUAUGAUUGUUGUCUGUUGAAUAGUAUUUACCAUGGCAUUUCAUACCCAUGGUAUUUUAUACCUUCUACCAGUUUUAGUAUUAUUAGACGUUUGUGUAAUCACUUGCUUAUUUAAAUGAAUUUUGAGUACUGCCUGUCAGUUAUAUGAAUAAAUGACACGUCAUUCUACUGUAACGUA